GAGAAAUCUGUGUAGCCGUAAUUUUUGAAAUUUGCAAUGUGACCGGGCAGUAUUACUGUGUAAUUGACUCCAUUUUCCCUUAUUGCAUUCUCCUGUUUUAGGGGAUAAGUUGCCAGCGAAUUAUUGCCAAAAUGUCCAAUAAUACUAGUUCUUCGCUGCAAAUAUCGGUUUUCAAUGUUACAAUACCCGUGAUUUUACCUGUCACAAAAACGGAAAUGAUUGUCUGGUUAACCAUGCAAAUUACUAUAGCGCUGACUGGUGCCCUUUUAAUCAUUUUCUAUUUAUUCGCCAUGCACCGACUACGGAAGUUGACUACCGGUUCCGGACUGCUCGUAGCUCACGCUCUUAUCAUAGACCUCAUUUUUUGUCUGGGGGGCGUGCCCGUAAUUGCUAUUCCUGUUUAUUUGACACAGAUGCAGGUACACUUCGAGUACAGUUGUAUGCCGGUAGAUUUCUUCCUGUUGUUUAUCAUGAUCGCCGGCAACUGGACAGCGGUUGUGUUGUCAAUUAACCGGUGGUUAGCCGUGGUGACACCGCAUCAUUAUGCGCGGAUAGCUACGCGGCGUAUGUCGUUCCUCACCCUGCUCUUCGUUUGGAGUGUGGCACUGGGUUGUAGUAUUCCCUUUUUGAACACAAUUCCUGGUAUGGUGCACGGUAUACUGCCGUCCGGUAUUUGUGGUCUGAUUCGGCAGUCGGGCCCGACCACCAUGAUUUUGGUAGUGUUUGGAACAUAUUUACCUCUGGUGUUGAUGGCCAUUGUCUACAGUAGCCUUUUUAUUUAUACAAGAAUGCAGAAUAAAUUUAAUAAAAUCGAGAACCAGGCUAAUGAAGAGCGUCCAUUCCGUGCAUUUGAGAGACGUUUGAGGAUUGCUAAGGCGUUGUGUUUAUCGUUUAUCUGGUACUGCCUGUGUAUACUUCCGCCACCAAUUUUAACGGUAUUUUUUGCCUCUUGGUGGGUGAAAGACAUCAGGAUGACGCUAUACACGAAGACGGCGCAAGUGCUGGCCUAUGCGGCAAGUCCUGUAUUUUUCUUUGCCGUGGGAACAGAGUACAGAGCCGUGGUGAAAAAGGGCGCGAGAGAUUUUCUACGCUCUGUACGCAACGUGUCAUCCAUUCAUCCAAGCAUCCAGGGCAGCGCCUCCGCAUAA